AUGGAGCAACUGAGCAUCGCAAAUACCCAUUUUACCAUCGAUCUUUUCGGUGCGCUGAAUGAAGCCAACCCAACUGGAAACAUCUUCGUCUCUCCCAUCAGCAUUUCCACCGCUCUGGCCAUGGUGUCUCUCGGAGCCCGAGGGAACACCGCAGCCCAGUUGUCAAAGACUUUUCACUUUGAUGCUGUUGAUGAAGUUCAUUCAAGAUUUCAGAGCCUGAAUGCUGACAUUAACAAACGAGGAACUUCCUAUAUGUUGAAACUUGCCAAUCGGUUAUAUGGAGAGAAGACCUACAGUUUCCUUCCAGACUUCUUGGCUUCCACUGAGAAAUUGUAUGGUGCCGGUUUGACCGCCGUGGACUUCAUCCAAGCUUCAGAAGAGGCCCGAAAGGAGAUCAACCAGUGGGUAGCAGGGCAGACGGAAGGUAAAAUCCCAGACCUUUUGGCUGCAGGAGCUGUUGACAGCCUGACAAAACUUGUCUUGGUGAAUGCUGUCUAUUUCAAAGGAAACUGGGCCGAGAAAUUUGAUGAAAAAGACACCUCCGACAUGCCAUUUAGGCUGAAUAAGAAGCAACAAAAAACAGUGAGAAUGAUGUACCAGCAGAAGAAACUACCAUAUGGCUAUGUAACAGACUUGAAAUGCCACGUGUUAGAACUUCCGUAUGAGGACAAAGAACUUAGCAUGUUCAUCCUUUUACCACAUGAUAUUGAGGACGACUCUACUGGUCUCCAAAACAUUGAGAAGCAGCUCACCGUGGAAAAGCUCAAGGAAUGGACCAAAAACCUGAGGUCCCUGGAUGUUCACGUGCGUCUACCCAGGUUCAAAUUGGAAGACAGCUACAACCUUAACUCUCAUUUGUCUCGCUUGGGGUUGCAGGAUCUGUUUGACAGCGGCAGGGCCGACCUGUCCGGCAUGUCAGGAGCUCGGGAUCUCUUUGUAUCCCAAAUUAUCCACAAAUCCUUUGUGGAAGUGAAUGAAGAAGGCACAGAAGCAGCCGCUGCCACUGCGGUCAUGAUCAUGCUUUGCAGUUUAAGACCAGAACCAGAAUUCACUGCCGACCAUCCAUUCCUAUUCUUCAUUCGGCACAACGCUACUGAAAGCAUUCUGUUUCUUGGCCGGUAUUCUUCCCCAUAAAGAGUAGUGGACAAAAGAGUUUUCAGCAAAAUUCUAGAGCCCUUUCUCUGAGUCUAGUGAUAUUUGCAGAAUACUUUUUAACGCAUUUUUCCUUUAAUAAAAUGGAUACUGAAAACAGAUUUUUAAUUUCCUUCCUACUUCCUGCUCUUUUAAUCCUCACUCUGAAGCUUGGCAUUAAUGCAUAGAGCAAAAUGUUAGAGGCCUUUCUGUGUCUGACACUAAUGCUUGAAUAUUAUCUUAUGAACUUUUCCUCCAAUAAAAUGAAUAUUUGAAUCAUA